AUGUCACUUGAACGCGCACCCUCCAACACUGGCACCCUGGCCUCGGUCGUCUCCAACACGACCACGGUGGCUCCGGGGCCAUCAACCAAGCCGCCAGGCUUCUUCAAACGCAAGCUCAACAACAAGCUCGGCAUCCCCCUCCAGACCGAUGUCGACACGCUCGUCGCCGAGGGGUUCGGCGAGGACGCGGUCCGCAACGCCCUCAAGUACUCCCAUGGCGACGUGGACUACUCGCACCGCCUCCUCGUGCACGAACGCGACCACACCACGACGCCCGAUCAAGGGUGCUUCAUCUGCCGCGUCGGCGGCGUCAAGAACCUCCGCAAGGCCAACCAGAAGGGCACGACGACGAUGUCGUUGACCGGCAUGGCGUACGGAUGA